CAGUCACUACAGGUCUGACCUGAAGAGUCACAGAUCCACAGAUAUAACAUAUACAGUACUGUAUAUAGAGAGAGAGGAGACUCAGCCGACAGCUUCAGCACUGACUGGGAUACAGCAGCACUCAAGGUCAUUUGUCGCCAUGUGGAGAAUUGUCGCUGUGCAUCUGAUUCUGCUCUGUGUGGAUCCUAUCACUGCAGAAUGGUGUUACACAGAGGAAUCAUGCGAACCCAAUACAUGGAGCUCUUUGGGAUCAUGUGGAGGAUCACGUCAGUCUCCUAUAGACAUUGUGAAUGGAUCUGCACAGUUCAACGCCAGCCUGGAGAACUUUAACUUCACCAACUACAACAAUAACAGCAAACUGCUGGUACUCAACAACCCAGGCCACACAGUGGAGGUUCAGCUGGAUAGUGGGGUGACUAUAUCAGGGGGAGGUCUGCCAGCCACCUACUCUGCACUCGCUUUCCACUUCCACUGGGGGAAUGGGACCCUACCUGGUUCGGAACAUCAUCUGGGUGGAAAGCAGUUCCGUAUGGAGAUGCACGUUGUUCAUACCAAGAAUGGAAUGAAUUUGACUGCUGCCAGGCAAGACCCGUCUGGAAUUGCAGUGCUUGGAUUCUUCAUUGAUGUUGGGACAUCAGCCAGCACUUCGUCAAUGACCACACUGGCCAACCUGUUAGCAAAUGUCUCGGGUGCAGGAACGAAUAUAACCCUGAAUACAUCCUUUUCUAUUGAUUCUGUCCUGGGAGACGUUGAUAAGACCUCUUAUUAUCGAUACUCGGGUUCUCUUACUACCCCAACAUGUGACGAGGCUGUAGUGUGGACAAUUUUCAAAAACCCUAUUCUAAUCCCAGAAAGUGUGAUACUGACCUUCUCUUCGAGUCUUAUUCGUAACACCACCGGAAGUCCUCAGUACGUGGUAAAUAAUUUCCGCCCUCUUCAGGAGCUCAAUUCUCGGCAGGUGCAGUCUUCUUUUGAUGUAAGCUCUCCUUCUAGCACACCAUCUUCAUCUAAGUCUAACACAUCUUCAACAACACCCAGCACAUCAUCUCAAUCAAUUGGUGUCACAUCCAGUGCAAACUUCCAUUUUUGCUUGGGGCAUUUGCUGUUCUUCAUCAGUGCCCUUGUGCUGCUGUCUCAAGGACUAAUCUAAGAAUGAAUUUGGCUUUGUAAUUAUACCCUUUUCACAUACCAAAUAUCUUUUUCACUUUACUGCAUUUUGAUGGAGCUGGACUGAGGCCAGUUGGACUUGGAGGCCACAUUAGGUUGAGAAUCAAGAGCUGUUUAAAAAAUACAAUCAAAUUAAAAAGUGCUAAAGCCUUACUGGACCUUCAAACAACCACUGGACUCUAGAACACUAGUUGCAAAUGGACAUGGUUUUCUGCCCCUGAAAAUGAGGCCGAUAUAGAACAAGAAUUCUUCUAACCUAUGGGUUAAGACCAAAAGUUGGUCUCCAUGAGGUUUAAGUAGUGUCCCAAUGAUCCCCUUGGAUAAUCUUAUGAACAGUCAUUAAAGUGAGAUCCAUUACUGGUUCUAUGCCAAGUUCUGGGCCACAAAGCAGAUUUAUGGAAUGAAUUUGGGCCCCUGUAAAAAUGCUUAUGAAACAUUGCUAAAGAACUAUCGUAUGGGGUGAUCACCAUCUCUUAGAAUCUACAACCCCCGAAUCCUACAGGAACUCCUCAGAUCUUGAAAGCAAACUGACCCCCUGGUCUGCAGGAGAUGAAAAGGUGGUGGUUAAAAUUGAAGCUCAAAAAAUGCAAUUGUAUUAUGGUCAUGUGUUGUAAAUGAAAUGCAAUAAUCAUGUAACAUAACGGAAAUAGCUGUUCCUUUAUAAAGAAACCCAAAAUGAUCUGUAUAUUAUAUUUAUAUUGCUGUAAAUAGAUGUUUUCAAUGAUUUAUAUUUUCCCUGUCCAAUUAAAUGGGUGAAUAAAUUUCAUGAUGUCA